AUGGUACAAGGACAAACCAAGGGCCUCGCGAAGGCAAAGAACUCGAACGCCAGGCACGCGCAGAAGGCGGCGGCGGCCCCCAAGAAGGGUAAGCGAUACGUCGCGCCCAAGAAGACUGCCGCGGUCAAACAGGCUGCCAUGCACAAGGAGCUCAGCGCGAAGAUCAACAAAAGCAUCGAGCAGCAGGUCGCCGCCGCCGCGUCCUCGGGGAAGCUUACGAUCAUGAAGAACGUAGCCAUGGAAGGGUAA